GAGCCGCGGCCACGCGCAAACGUAAAGUUUCUGCGGCUCAAAGUGACGCAAAAAUUCUUGAAGAGCUCUUUGGCGGCGGAUAUCUAGAGAUCAGACCAUGUGAGGGCACGAGAGUACAAAUACGGCCGCUCGGGCGCCCGCUCCCGCACAGGCAGCCGCGCCCCCGCUGCCUCGAGGGCGCGAGGGCCGCCCCGCCUCGGAGAGCCCCGGACCAGCCUGCGCACGGACUCCCGCCAGAGUUCUCAAUCCCAUUGAUAUAAAGCUCCAAGGAGAUCCCCAGAUCUGAGCACUGAGAAUUCGGCUCGGGUCCUCAGCAGAUGGGUGUCACCGUCAUCUCCUAGCCAGCAGGAUGGAGACCACGCCCUUAAAUUCCCAGAAGGAGCUAUCAGCGUGUAAGGAUAAAGAAGAUUGUCAGGAAAACGGAGUUCUGCAGAAGGGUGUCCCUGUCCCUGAGGAUAAGGUGGAGUCUGGCCACGUCUCCAACGGGUACUCAGCGGUGCCGAGCCCUGGUGCCGGAGAUGACUCUCAACACUCCAUUCCAGCCACCACCACCGCCCUAGCGGCUGAGGCUCAUCAAGGGGAACGGGAGACCUGGAGCAAGAAGAUGGAUUUCCUCCUCUCAGUCAUUGGCUAUGCCGUGGACCUGGGCAACGUCUGGCGCUUUCCCUACAUCUGUUACCAGAAUGGAGGGGGGGCAUUCCUCCUGCCCUACACGAUCAUGGCCAUUUUUGGGGGGAUCCCACUGUUCUACAUGGAGCUCGCGCUGGGCCAGUACCACCGAAAUGGAUGCAUUUCUAUAUGGAGGAAAAUCUGCCCGAUUUUCAAAGGGAUCGGUUACGCCAUCUGCAUCAUCGGCUUCUACAUCGCCUCCUACUACAACACCAUCAUGGCCUGGGCGCUCUACUACCUCAUCUCCUCCUUCACCGACCAGCUGCCCUGGACCAGCUGCACGAACUCCUGGAACACUGGCAACUGCACCAACUACUUCUCCGAGAACAACGUCACCUGGACGCUGCACUCGACGUCCCCCGCAGAAGAAUUUUACACGCGCCACGUUCUGCAGAUCCAUCGGUCUAAGGGACUUCAGGACCUGGGGGGGCUCAGCUGGCAGCUCACCCUCUGCAUCAUGCUGAUCUUCACUGUUAUCUACUUCAGUAUCUGGAAGGGUGUCAAAACGUCUGGCAAGGUGGUAUGGGUGACAGCCACCUUCCCUUAUAUCAUCCUCUCGGUCCUGCUGGUAAGGGGGGCCACCCUCCCCGGAGCCUGGAGGGGUGUUCUCUUUUAUUUGAAACCCAACUGGCAGAAACUCCUGGAGACAGGGGUAUGGGUAGAUGCUGCCGCUCAGAUCUUCUUCUCUCUUGGUCCUGGCUUUGGGGUCCUAUUGGCUUUCGCUAGCUACAACAAGUUCAACAACAACUGUUACCAAGAUGCCCUGGUGACCAGCGUGGUGAACUGCAUGACGAGCUUCGUUUCCGGAUUUGUCAUCUUCACGGUGCUCGGGUAUAUGGCCGAGAUGAGGAACGAGGAUGUGUCCGAGGUGGCCAAAGAUGCAGGCCCCAGCCUCCUCUUCAUCACGUAUGCAGAAGCCAUAGCCAACAUGCCAGCAUCCACGUUCUUUGCCAUCAUCUUCUUCCUGAUGUUAAUCACGCUGGGCCUGGACAGCACCUUUGCAGGCUUGGAAGGGGUGAUCACAGCCGUGCUAGAUGAGUUUCCGCACAUCUGGGCCAAGCGCCGGGAGUGGUUUGUGCUUGGUGUGGUCAUUACCUGCUUCUUUGGAUCCCUGGCCACCCUGACUUUUGGAGGGGCCUACGUGGUGAAGCUGCUGGAGGAGUAUGCCACGGGGCCCGCCGUGCUCACCGUCGCCUUUAUAGAGGCUGUUGCUGUGUAUUGGUUUUACGGCAUCACUCAGUUCUGCAGUGACGUGAAGGAAAUGCUCGGCUUCGACCCUGGGUGGUUUUGGAGGAUCUGCUGGGUAGCCAUCAGCCCUCUCUUUCUCCUGUUCAUCAUUUGCAGUUUUUUGAUGAGCCCGCCCCAGCUCCGACUUUUCCAGUAUAACUAUCCUCAGUGGAGUAUCAUCCUGGGUUACUGCAUAGGAACCUCGUCUUUCAUCUGCAUCCCCACAUAUAUAGCUUACCGGCUGAUCAUCACUCCAGGGACAUUUAAAGAGCGUAUUAUUAAAGGUAUCACUCCAGAAACAGCGACAGAAAUUCCCUAUGGGGACAUCCACUUGAAUGCCAUAUAACAAGCUUCAGUGAGGGGAAAAUGGCUUCCCAACAACCUCUUCCUCUGGUUCUGACAAGUCAUGCCUCGCCUUCUCCCCUCAGAAUGAACAAAUUUCCAGCUACGCCUGACAAUGGAAGGGCCUUCUUCAUGGAGAGACAGUCCCAAAAGACUAUGGUGCCCAGACCCUUAUGGCCUCCAACUACUUGUUUCUGGGAAAUCUCCUGGACAUAUCACCACGUUAGCUCUAUGACACAGCUAAACUGGACUAUUUUGGACGCGUGAGGGUGUGUAUGGAGGUGAUGGAAGCCACCAUCUAAUCAGUUAGGAUUAGGCUGAGAAGCAAGUUUGUACAAGUCUCCUGUGUCAUUUCUUGUUAUGAUCAUUGGUAUCUGACAUCCAUUGCUUCUAAAGGUUUCACUGUUCAUGAGUGCAUAAACCACGUAGGAGAAAACAGGGAUGCCGUUUUGCUAGCCAUAUAUUUUCUGAGUAGCAUAGAAUUCUGUAGCUGGAAUCUACUAGAACCCUGUAACCCGUGUGCUGUUGUGGAGUCAGCAGAGGGAGAGGUAGAAACUAAAUGGAAAAAUAAUGUAUUCACGUGAGCAUGUGUGUCUGUGUAUACUGUUGUUUCAGUGUAUCCUUGUCUCUAGUCCAAUACUUUGGGCCCAUUACAAACUAUAUGAAUUUCCUCUAAUUUUUCUUACAUUAACAAUUCCACCUACUCAAAUGCGUAUGUAUGUUAUUAUAAGGGUAUCACU